ACGACUUAGAUCACCUUCGCCUCUUCUAGAGAUUCAGGGCACGAUGUUUGCACGCGGAUUGAAGAGGAAGUGUGCUGACCACGAGGAAGACGUGGGGGGAGCCCUGGCUGGCUUUAAGGCCAUCCCCUCCUACAGCCUGCAGCGGCAGUCGCUCCUGGACAUGUCCCUGGUGAAGCUCCAGCUCUGCCACAUGCUGGUCGAGCCCAACCUCUGCCGCUCAGUCCUCAUAGCCAACACGGUCCGGCAGAUUCAGGAGGAGAUGACCCAGGACGGGACGUGGCGUGUGGUGGCGCCCCAGAGUGCAGGGCGGGCUCCCCUCGACCGCCUGGUCUCCACGGAGAUCCUGUGCCGCUCGACGCGGGAGCAGGACAGGCUGCACCCCGCUCCUGGCAUGGGAGAUGACCACGUGCUGGGCCCUGUUUCUGAACUUUCCACGGUCCCCUCAACACAGGCGCCAAGGAACCCACAGAAUGGCGUCUGGGAAAUGGACGGCCCUCGAGAAAACAGGGGAAACUUCCAGAAGUCACUAGACCAGAUCUUUGAAACGCUGGAGACCAGGAGCCCCGGCUCCGCGGAAGAGCUGUUCUCGGACAUGGACAGUUCCUACUACGACCUGGACACGGUGCUCACGGGGGUGGUGGGCAGGGCCGAGCCAGGCCCCUGUGACGGGCUCCAGGGCUUGGGCCCGGUGGCCACCCCUUCCCCCAGCUCCAGCUGCAAGUCGGACCUGGGCGAGCUGGACCACGUGGUGGAGAUCCUGGUGGAGACCUGAGGCCGGGCCACUGCCGCCCCUGGGUGCUCGCCGCUCUGUGCCGCCUGAACGCACCGAGCGCUCGAUCCCGAGAAG